ACAGGAAAAUCGAUCUAUCUAUGGCUUGUUUGGUCUGUGAACCAAACAUGUUCAUAUUCCAAUAAGCACUUCAAGAAUCGUGCGUACUAUGUAGUUAUUUGUCUGUGUCGUUAUAAAAUACAGUCGGAUAUCAGAAUUAAGUGAAAUUACAAAGGUAUGAGCUGUGCUAUGUAUUUGGAUGCAAAAGUUUCUUGAAACUGCCCUGUCUAUGAUCAAUAGAGUUUGCGGAUGUUUUGGUUAAAGUGUCCUGAUAUGGAGUAAGCAGUAUUGUAAAAAUUCAAUAUUUGUUCCUGUGAGGAUUGCGUGAAUGGAUAUAGUUGCAGUGUGGCCAUUAAAAACCUAAGCCUUAUACCAGAAAUAUUCUCUACGCCAAUAAAAUGUUGCAAUUUUACGCUGUUUCAGAUUCUAUUUGUUUAUCUUGGUCUGUCGCAGACAUAAAAACGCGCUGAUGCAAUAUAUUAAAUAUCUAUGUUCACGUUAGUUUUAUUUGGAAUUCGGAAUCAAUCGCCAUGUUUGGUUACCGGACUGUACAACGUGCUUGUGAGCUCAGUUUUAUCUGUCGUCUGUUUGUGCCUUCGGAUUUAUAUAUUCAGUGUAAAUUUUCGUGAUUGGUUCUUAGUUCAAUAUUUAAACUACAUUUGGAAUAUGGGAAACGAAGGGAGUCUGCCGUCUGAUUCCGAGAGCCAGGUAUCAGACUGGCAGUCGAUUUACUCUUACGGCUCACGUGCCGGAAGAAGAUCUUCGUUGGGUUCCAUGCGGAUACCUUCUCCCAUGGACCCACCGGAACCGGAUCUUAGCCAUCUGUCACCAGAUGAAGUUGCCAAAAUACGUGAAGUUAUUGGAAGAGCAAAAGAAAUGAAAGAUGAAGAAAACAAAAGAAUAAGGAAACUCGAAGAGGAAUAUGUCGCAUACACUGCUGAUGUUGAGAGACGAACAAGUGAGGUUGUGGCUUCGGCAGGAGAACUGAACAAAGACUCUCCACUAUGUCCUAUAUGUCUGGCCAGUGAGCUGAAAAUACAAGAAGGCAAAAUGACGGAAGGACAAAAUGUGUGUGCCGAUUGUGGAAACCUUACGUGUCUUAAAUGUGGAGAAAUGGAGCAGUCUGUCACAUCAAAAGAAAUGGAAUGGGUAUGCCACGUGUGCCACAAGAGAAGACAACUCGUCCUUAGUUCCGGUCUCUGGCAUCCCGGAUGUGACGUAGAUGAAGAUAUUCCACUAGCAAGGGAAGUGGAUCGGAGACUUCAUGAGCUUGAGAAAUCCAGUAUAGCACGAGGACCGUUAACACGCUCAGCGUCAGUGAACGGUUCAGACGGACGUCACGCUCCUGAAGGUGGCGCUUCAAUACAGCGUCAGAUGUCGCUUCCUGACUAUCACAUGCCAACGUCACUUUCCACGGGCCACACUCUUGAAGUUAUACCUGAGAGCGGAUUUAGCGAUAACGUUAGUGAUACAGCCAGUCCGGAGCCAGCUUGUACCAAAAUCGUUAGUCCGACGUGUUCCGAAGAUAUGAAAACAUCUGCUGUGUCAGUAACCUCGGUGACGUCAGCGAAUAGUGGCAGUCUUAGAGGUAAGUUUUAGAAACUUCUCUUACGGUUUGGUUUUACUGUUGGAAAUGCAUAUACAAAUUCUAACAUAUUUGCACGCAUUACAUAAAACUGAUAAUAUGGUAUUCUUUUUUUUCUUCAAAAGUAUGCUUGCAAAGCGGGACUCAA